AUUUGCAAUUCCCACGUAGAGUCCAGCCAGCCAGUGCGCUCCAGCUGAGCUCCACUACACCUCGCUGUUUCCAGAUGCAAGGCGCAGAAACUUAAAGAAGCAGCUGAAUGUGUGGAUGACGAAUUGUGACUUUCUGCGUGGGACUUUUGGCUUCAGAACUUGCUAUUAUGACACAAUAAUUUGUGAAGUGGGGUUCUUUUUCCCCCCUCAAGUUAUCUAAUCUGGGCCCUUUUUUAAAAAAAGCAUUACUGUUAGAACUUUUAUUGUAGCAUCUAUAGGAUUGGACACAUGGACUAUUUUAUCCUCAUCCUGGGACAAUGACUAACUGCUCUUGGAGUUAUCUUUAUGAAGGGAAUUAGGCUGUUUCAGAAAGAUAACAUUGUACAGUUCUCAAGAGCAAUGGAAUUUUGUUUGCAUAUUCGACUUCUUACUGCUUUUGUCUUAUGCUUUAAGGUCUGUGCUCAGGUGGUGCCAAAUGAGAAUCAUGCAGGUAGCCUGCAGGUGUUGGCCACGGCUUCACAUUAUUGGCCUCUUGAUGCGGUGGACGGGAUUCAUGAGCUGCUGGACCAGAUUGGAAGCAGUCCGCGUUAUGUCAGCGGCAGCAAAAUAACUGUCAGAAUCCACAACCACACUGUGCUCCCUUCUUCCCAUAACUCUUCCUAUGUGUAUACCAAUGACUCUGCCUACACUAACAUUUCCGCAAUAGUAGACAUUGUUGAAGGAGUACACAAUAAGGGUAUCUUUCUGGACUGUGAUAACAGCGGCCUCUUUCUUUACUUUGGAGACUACCAGAACUCCUGCGUCAGUGAUCUGAACCUCUGUGCUCUGGAUGGUGUGACCUUCUCCUUUUUUUGGAAAAACCAAAAGCCAGAUUCCAACUUUGCUGUGGCGUCUGGUGCGAAAGUCAUCUCCAACAGCUUCACAGUCUUUGCAGACUCUCACAAGGGAUGCGUGGAGCUUUACACGCAAGACGACAAACACAGAUGGAGAGCAGAGAUUCCCAUUUCAGGCCCAUAUUGGACACACGUUCUGUUCACCUGGACCAAGAAGGACGGUCUAAAGGUUUUCAUCAAUGGGACUCUGUGUGACAGUGAUCCCUCCGGCUCUACCUCAGAGAGCUCUGCAGACUUCGGUUCUGACGUUUUCCUCAAAACCGAGAACAACAGGGCGCAUCGUCAUUAUGUAACGCGGGCUUUCGAUGAAUUUGCCAUCUGGAAAAGGGCCCUUUCUCCCCGUCAGAUCAAACUCUAUUACAGAGCAGCUGUAGGUCAGGAUGAGGUUUCUGCUACGACGCAUGGAAAUGCUUUGGAUGUCUCCACUACUGCAGCAACAAGUAGAGCUUUUGAAACGAGCCCUCCUGUGAUCAGCGGUCACCAGGAGGUGGUCCAGAGCUCCCAGGGGCCGAGCACCAAGCCCGUGCUGGACUUCCUCAGUGCGCUGCCCAACAGGACAAUUCCUCACUACGCUGCCAACAACCUCACACAGGCUUUUCUCAAAAGUGUGGAAGAAGUUCUGACUUCUCCAGGAUUGCCAGAGCAGGCCGACCCGGUGGUCAGCAGCUUGAUUGAGACAGUGGACAUCGUGAUGGGACACAUGGUGACCAAGCUGGAGUUCAGCUCUGGCUCUCCCUUUUCCCUGGGAGGAACGUCUUUGGUUGCAGAUUACUCCCUGAUGAAGCUGCCACAGAACUUCAAUCUGCCACAUUACCGCUUUCCCACACAGGGGAAGAAUUACAUCUCAGUGCCUGGGGAGGCAUUUGCAAUACACACUCAGACCACCAUUGUUGGCCUCUUCUACCACAACAUGCACAAGUACUACAAAGAAAUCAGCCCGGUCAAGACGAGGAUUACCAAAGCAACUGACUACAAGGAUCACAAGAUCCAGAUAGCAAGCUGCCUGAUUUCUCUGAAAGUGGAGCCUUUACCGCCACUGUUGGUCAACCAUUCUGGAGCGCCGCUCAUCAAAAUUGUCCUCACCCACGUUCUGACUAAAGAACAGCAAGACCAAAUGCUAAAUCAGAGCAAUAAAGUCUUCCUCUACUGCGCCUUUUUGGACUACAGCACUAAUGAGGGAGUGUGGUCCAAUGAAGGCUGCGUUCGCUCAGAUGGAAACGCGUCGUAUUCUGUGUGCAUGUGCAACCAUCUUACCAAUUUCGCCAUCCUCAUGCAAGUUGUGCACUUGGAGCUCACUCCUGGCCACAAGAUGGCACUAUCAACCAUUGGGUAUGUUGGCUGUUCAAUAUCCAUCUUCUGCCUGGCCAUCACUCUGGUUACAUUUGCAGUGCUUUCAUCUGUUAGUACCAUCCGUAAUGAGCGCUACCACAUCCACGCCAACCUGUCCUUCUCCAUCCUGGUGGCAGAGAUCUUACUGCUCAUCAGCGCUCGCUUUGAGCCAGGCACGCUGCCCUGUAAGGUCAUGGCCGUCCUGCUUCACUUCUUCUUUCUGAGCGCGUUCGCCUGGAUGCUGGUGGAGGGUCUGCAUCUCUACAGCAUGGUGGUGAAGGUGUUUGGCUCAGAAGGCAGCAAACACUUUUAUUACUACGGCAUUGGAUGGGGUUCUCCACUGCUGAUCUGUGUUGUGUCUGCAACAUCGGCCCUCAAAAGCUACGGAGAGACUGUCAACUGCUGGCUGUCGCUGGAGAUGGGAGCCAUUUGGGCGUUUGUGGCGCCUGCUCUUUUUGUCAUUGUGGUUAACAUAGGCAUCCUGAUAUCUGUGACAAGAAUCAUAUCAAGAAUCAGUGGGGAGAAUUACAAGGUUCACGGAGAUGCUAACGCGGUCAAGCUGACAGCCAAAGCGGUGGCAGUGCUCCUGCCCAUACUCGGCAUUUCCUGGAUCUUUGGAGUUCUUGCCUUCAACACACACACGACUCCGUUUUUAUAUGUUUUUGCUAUAUUUAACUCAUUACAAGGUUUCUUUGUUUUCUUGUUCCACUGUCUUCUGAACUCUGAGGUAAGAGCUGCAUUCAAGCACAAAACCAAGGUUUGGUCUCUCACCAGCAGCUCCAUAAGAAACGCCAAUGUGAAACCAUUCAACUCUGACAUUAUGAAUGGAAACAAGGAGGGUGUAACUCCCACUAAGAUGAACACAUGGGACAAAAGCACCAACUCGGCCAACCGUUUUGACCUCUCCGCUGUGUGACAGGAGAGCAAUGUGUGGCUCACUUGGGUGGAAAGGCAAACACUGGCCAGAGUACUCUUCCACUCUGUCAUUACAUGCAGUCAAUUUGAAGUUGCAUAAUAUGUUCACGCUUGAGGACAAACAGACUUGUUGGACUGUGCUUGAUAUUCUCCCACACAGAAUGUUCCAUGUUGCUCUCAAAGUACAGAAAAAAAAAAUCUGAUUUUUCAGGAGAGGUCCACAGGGUUAAUGAGAGUAACCCAAAUGCUCAAAUAAACAGCAUGGCGCAUGCAGGAAACACAGCAGUAGCUAGCGGAGAGUUUGGCAGAUGAGCUGAAUCCGCAAAUUUCUGAAGCAAGACCAGAACGAGCUACUAGGCCAACAUUUGUGACAUUGUUGUCUUAGUUUCUGCUAAAAUAAUAGAUUGUAGAAAAUCUGCUGCAAUAUUCCCUAACCCAUCUUUCAUCUUGCAAUGAAUGUUUAAAUUCACAAUAAUGGCCUAAAUUCUACACUCAUUUCUUACACACACA